GCCACCGCCGUCAUGGGGAACUUCCGCAAGCUCGGCCGCCACGCCGCCCACCGCGUCUCCAUGCUCAGGACGAUGGUUUCGCAGCUGGUGAAGCACGAGCGGAUCGAGACCACCGUCGCGAAAGCGAAGGAGGUGCGGCGGAAGGCGGAUCAGAUGGUGCAGCUCGGCAAAGAUGGUACGUUAGAUUCAGCAAGACGUGCAUCAGCAUUUGUUCGGGGUGAUGACGCAGUUCACAAGUUAUUCACAGAGCUUGCCUACCGCUACAAGGAUCGAGCUGGUGGAUAUACAAGACUACUGCGAACCAGGAUACGAAUUGGAGAUGCUGCGCCAAUGGCUUAUAUCGAAUUUGUCGACCGGGAGAAUGAACUUCGAGAGGCCAAACCUGCGAUGCCACAGCCACCCCAGCGUGCUCCUCUUGAUCCAUGGACCAGGUCCCGUGCCAGCCAACAGUGGGCAGGUCCUAAAGUCAGCCACAACUCUGGAACGGAAGGGCUAUGAGAACCAAAAAAAACACUGUCUAUCUUUAUUUUGUGUUUAUGAGAAGGUUUUUCGUCUUUACACACGCUAAUUAGGAGCUCCACUCUGCAAGAGAGCUCAAACUUGUGUUUGCACAGGAUGUGUAUUUUUGUUGGCAAGGACCGUUGUGACUAGCUCAAAGUUGUAGCAGAUGGGUUAAGAGUUUAUGCUUACAGGUUGAGUUUGUCAUCUCA